UAAAAACAAAAUACACCGCGGGGGGCGGGGGGAAAGAAACCACACGCAACACCCCGAAAGGUCAAAGAAUGUGAAGUCCCUUUUGAAGUUAACUUUUGAGUCCCGGGCUGGGAGGUCCCCCGAGUGUUCCGCCGUGGGCUGGAGGUGGCGUUUCUGUUGUGAUUUAUGUGGAGUGCUUCAAAACAGAAGUUAAUCGCUCGGGAAGCGGACGGGAGGGGCGGCGCUGCUGCGCAUGCCCGGGAGCGGCCGGAGUUUGGAACUCCGCAUUCUUGCAGACCCGGCCCGCUGGGGGGCGUUCCUCGGGGGUAGCCGUUAGGCCAGCGGGGUUCCUUCGGCUGCGUUUCUGUGGGAGGCCCCCGAAACGCGUGGAGCUUCCCUCUGUCGCCAGGCUUUCCCAGCGAGAGUGAAAUUAAACGUGAAACUCGGAUCAACUGAUAGUGGUAUUGUUGCAGCAUCUGGCAGUGAGAGUGAGGAUGAGGACAGUAUGGACAUUCCCUUGGACCUUUCUUCAUCCACUGGCUCAAGCAAGAGAAGGAGAAGGGGCAACCUACCCAAGGAGUCUGUGCAGAUUCUUCGGGAUUGGCUGUAUGAGCACCGUUACAAUGCCUAUCCUUCCGAGCAAGAAAAAGCAUUGCUGUCCCAGCAAACACACCUGUCUACACUACAGGUCUGUAACUGGUUCAUCAACGCCCGCCGAAGGCUCCUCCCUGACAUGCUGAGAAAGGAUGGCAAAGAUCCAAAUCAGUUCACAAUUUCCCGCCGCGGAGCCAAGAUUUCUGAAACGAGCUCUGUGGAGUCUGUGAUGGGCAUCAAAAACUUCAUGCCAGCUCUAGAGGAGACCCCAUUUCAUUCCUGUACAGCUGGGCCAAACCCAACCCUAGGGAGGCCACUGUCUCCUAAGCCAUCAUCCCCCGGAUCAGUUUUGGCCCGUCCAUCAGUGAUCUGCCAUACCACUGUGACUGCGUUGAAAGAUGUCCCUUUCUCUCUCUGCCAGUCAGUUGGUGUGGGACAAAACACAGAUAUACAGCAGAUAGCGGCCAGCAACUUCACAGACACCUCUCUCAUGUACCCAGAGGACACAUGUAAAUCUGGACCAAGUACAAAUACACAGAGUGGUCUUUUCAACACUCCUCCCCCUACCCCACCGGACCUCAACCAGGACUUUAGCGGAUUUCAGCUUCUAGUGGAUGUUGCACUCAAACGGGCUGCAGAGAUGGAGCUUCAGGCAAAACUUACAGCUUAACCCAUUUUCAAGCAAAACCGUUCUCAGAAAUGUCAUGAUUGCCGGGGUGAUGGCAAGAGAUGAAUUGCAUUAUUUUAUAUAUUUUUUAUUAAUAUUUGCACAUGGGAUUGCUAAAACAGCUUCCUGUUACUGAGAUGUCUUCAAUGGAAUACAGUCAUUCCAAGAACUAUAAACUCAAAGCUACUGUAGAAACGAAGGGUUUUCUUUUUUAAAUUGUUUCUUGGUAGAUUAUUCAUAAUGUGAGAGGUUCCCAAUGUCAUGUGAUUUUUUUUUUCUUCCCCGUUUUUGUUAUUUUUCAGACUGUGCAAUACUUAGAGAACCUAUAGCAUCUUCUCAUUCCCAUGUGGAACAGGAUGCCCACAUACUGUCUAAUUAAUAAAUUUUCAAUUUUUUUUCAAACAA